GGAGUGAGAAAGCGAGCGCACAAAGGAGGAGGAAGACGUCGAAGGAGGAGAAAGACUGCGCAAUCCCCGCCCACCGGCCUCAAAUCGUUCCUUCCUUUACGUUGAGUAAAGGGGAAAAAGGCGAGAGAACAGGAUCAGAAACAAGCAGGACACGCGAGAGAGAGAAACAAACGAGAAAGGAAGGGAGGGAGCCAGCCAGUUAGCCGCAAAACCACCAUGGCAGUAUCGACAGCGUCUCUGCUCUCGUUGCGUCCGAGCAGCGCGCACCUCAACUCGGGUCAACCGCGGCACGCAGCCCGCAGGCGCACGGCGACAUGCAGCUGAGUCCGGAUGAAUGAGCAGCGGGCAAAAAUGAGGGUCAUCUUCAUCCAAAACGCCGGUUUCGUCGCAGCUUUCUCGCCUUGUCGAUGUGAGUCAGUGAUGUUGGCAGCGUUCAGGAACACAGAUGAUGCGAGUGAGCCCCAAAUGACGCACGGACAGACCUUACUAGUCGAUUGAGGAGUAGCCCAUGUGAUAUAUUUAUUAUUAGAGGCGCAUUAUUGAUUAUAGAUCAUCUUUAAGCCGAAAGAUCGGCUGAAUAAUAUUAUAAUACGUUAUUAUAUCACAAUAUCCUUUUAAAAAUGAAACGUAAUUUUUGUAGAUUUUUGUAUGCCAAGUAGACAGUUAAAAAUGUCGUUACUAUAACGGAGUAAACGCUCUCUGUUUGAUCUCUUUUAAGACAAUCUGGAUGUUUGCUUCCACGUGGAUGAAUAUGACAAGUAGCUUCUGCGUUAUUCCUUGUAAUUUAUUUAUUUAUUACUAUUAUUAGGCCUAUAAGUAUUACAGCAUAUUUCUUAUUGCUAGCUAGCGGGUGACUUAUAUUACCACGCGCCUUAGACAAGUGAGAUGGAGACCGCGUACUUGGCGUCCCCCCGUGGGGCAAGCCGCGUUGAGCCCCCCAGAGGCAAAAGCUGUGGGGGCGAGCCCCGUCCCCCACCGCUGCCGGCCGAACGUUCACCCGAGCAGAACUCGGCAGGCGGCGAUGGCGGCCGCAGGAACCCUGGUGUGAAGAAACACCACCACAAGCACAACCUGAAGCACCGCUACGAGUUGCUGGAGACGCUGGGGAGGGGCACGUACGGCAAAGUCAAGAAGGCCAUUGAACGCCACUCAGGCAGAGAGGUGGCAAUCAAGUCUAUUCGAAAGGAGAAGAUCAAGGACGAGCAGGACAUGGUUCACAUCCGCCGCGAAAUCGAGAUCAUGUCAUCACUCCGUCACCCGCACAUCAUCUCUAUAUAUGAAGUGUUCGAGAACAAGGACAAGAUCGUGAUAGUUAUGGAGUAUGCCAGCAAGGGCGAACUGUACGACUACAUCAGCGAGCGGCGGCGCCUGAGUGAGCGAGAGACGCGACACUUCUUUAGGCAGAUAGUCUCCGCUGUGCACCAUUGCCAUAAGAAUGGAGUGGUGCACAGGGAUCUGAAACUGGAAAAUGUGCUACUGGAUGAAAACUGUAAUAUAAAGAUUGCUGACUUUGGCCUGUCCAACCUCUACCACAAAGACAAGCUGCUUCAAACUUUUUGCGGCAGUCCCCUCUAUGCUUCGCCAGAGAUAGUCAACGGGAGACCAUACCGCGGGCCCGAGGUGGACAGCUGGGCACUGGGGGUGCUGCUGUACACCCUGGUGUACGGAACCAUGCCGUUCGACGGAGGCGACCACAAGAAUCUUAUUCGCCAGAUUAGCAACGGUGAAUACAAAGAGCCAACGCAAUCCUCAGAUGCUCGGGGAUUGAUCCGCUGGAUGCUAAUGGUAAACCCCGAGCGCCGAGCCACUGUGGAGGACAUCGCCAAUCACUGGUGGGUGAACUGGGGCUGGAAGAACAGCGUGUGCGACUGCGACGCCCAGCGGGAUCACGGCGGCUCACCUAUGCUGGCCCGCUUCAUCGACUGGCAGAACCGCACUGAGCCACGCGGUCCUGCCGCGGUCCCCCAUCUGAUGCGGCAAAGGCCCAAAAAAUCGAAAAAGGAAAACGUGGAGGAGAGUGUCCAGACGCACGGUGGUGGCGAAGACAAACCGGGACUGAAGAGACCCAAAGGCAUUCUGAAGACCAGGGUGGCAGGAGAGCAGCAGUCAGCCGGUGUUGAUGAGGUCCAGACAACCGGGCCUGAACAGGCGGAAGGUGGCGGCGAGGCCUCGAGUCCGGAUCGAGAGGAAGAAGAAACUCCUUUUGGGGGAGGCUCACCGGCAAAGAUGGUGCCCACUCUGCCCAAAAAAGGCAUCUUGAAAAACAACCAACAACGGGAAUCAGGGUACUACUCCUCCCCCGAGCGCAGCGAGUCUUCGGAGCUCCUGGGCGGAGUCAGCAUGACUCUUCUCGCCACCUCGCCGCCCAAGAGAGUCAUGGGAAGAAAGGGCAUCUUGAAACGCAACGGCAAGUACUCAACCUACAGCGGCCCUCCCACGGCAGCGGCACUGGCAGCCGGGGGAGCUCUCGGCGAGCCCCCUUCCGCCACCGACUCGGGACUGUCGCGCAGUCAGAGUCGACCGUCAAGCAUCGUUGGGGAAGACGGCUCCACCAAGGCCGCCGAGUGGCAUCCCUCCACGCCACACUCGCGCCCUAACAUCCGGGCGUGCGUGUCGGCCGAGAACCUGCUUCAUCUGGCCAACUUUGCGGGCUUUCAGCCUGCACCCCCCACUCUUCAGGGUCCCAAAUUCGGCCGCAGCCCCAGAAGCAAAGGCUCCCCGCAGGACAAUGGCAGCUUCUCGUUGCUGGGGGAUCUGGAGGACAUGACUCAGGUGUACCAGCAAGCCCUGGACAUCAGCAGCAACCUCACCUAAAAUAAGGGACAGGAAGCACAACUUUGCAUGUUAUGUGUGUGUGUUUAUAAGGCAUUAACGACCAGUGUGUCACUGGGAUACAUAUUUUGUGAGGUUUUCCAAAUGGGGCUGAAAUCUUGAUGGAAUUGUCAGGCAAACACACACACAAAAACAUUCAAAGGUGCGCUAUAGAAGUAUAUUGCUGCCACACUGAAAUAAAAAGCUGGGUAGGAUGUAACGACAUGAAGAAAAUUAAACUUACACCAUUUUACAUCAUAACAAACCUAGAUUAUAUCACAUUGUAACAUAAAGUGAGUGGGCCAACUCAGCUUUUACUGUUUUACAGUUUUAUACCUGCUCCUAAAGGUGUAGUGUAACAGUGGCCUAAGUCCAAACACCUUUUAAAUCUUUCAAUGAUUCAUGAAAGAUGAUAAAUCACAUUAACUUAACAUGCAGAAGCAUAGGCGCCCAAGCUAAAAACACUGAGUGCAACACUCUAAAGUAGGAACUUUCGCUUUCACCAGAAAGAGAUGCCUCUGCUUUCAUUUCAUUUUUAGCAUAAAUAUUAAAAAUGGAGUAAGCCCAUAAUAGUUCUCAUUGACUUGUAAGAAGCCUUCCAUAAGAACACUUAUUUAAAAGGAUCAGAUCAGUUUUGUUUUCCGGUACAACUUCAAAAAAUCCUUUUUAGAGUAUGAAUACUGAUAUGAUGUUAUAACAAAAGCUAAUACUGACGCUUAGUCAUCCUUCGUUUGUGUGGCAGCAAUACGCUCCCAUAGUGUACAAACUUAAGUGUACUUCUCAGGCCAGUGGAAAAUACUGUAUGUCAGGUAUUUAGUGAACAGAAUCACGCACACACAACGCCACCCAAGUGUGCUUCUUGGACCCGCUCUCCUGCCGUGUCCACUUUGCCACCUCGCUGCGCUUCAACGUUAACACACUCGAUGAGAAGCGCACCCCCUACCCCUCAAAAAAAAAAAAAAAAAUUGGAUCGAUGGUUUACAAAAGCACCUUAAAAAAAAGCACAUAGGCUUUUGGGAUCUUGACUUCCUUUUUAUUAUCUCUUUUUGGAAGCCAGGAUUUAAAAAAAAAACAAAACAAAAAGAAACAAGCCAGGGUCUUAUUCCAAAAAACUUGCUGAUUUAUUUAUUAAUAUUUGCAUCGCAUUUUUGUUGUUGUUGUGCAAAACUUGAUGGGCGUUUCCUGUUACUGGAGUCCAAACUCUUUUCUGUGCGGAAAAUACAAGUGGAGUUAUUAUUGUUAAAACCAAUUCUAUAUCGCUAUGUCUGCAUUGUGUCUGUGUUGUAGGGGUGGGAAGCAGGUGCAAUACAUCCCAAUACCAAUGGAAUUCUGAAAGGGAGAAAAAAUUUUAUGCAUAAGAACCACCUGUUAUCCAUAUUAUACCCCAACAUAAUUGUGUAUGGCGGUUGACAGGGAAUACGUAGGAAAUGAUUGCCUUUCAAAUGCAUAAUACAACAUUUUCUUUACAGUUUCCAGCAAAGCCAAGCCAAAUUGUGUUUAUUUUGUACACGGGUUUAGACACACUUGCCUGUGUUCUUUUGUUCGAGUUGUGUGACUGCCCCUACAGGACUGGAGGUGUACCACAUAUUAUCUGCCGUAUUUCUUUAUGUAAGUUCAUGAUUAACACAUGAGCUAGUAUAGUUUUUAUAAAGCUUGUACCAUGAGCGUGGUUAAUUUUCAGACCCAAAGUGCCGUCAUUACACCUAAACCAGUGGUGCGCAACCUGUAACCACGGUAGUGUUUAAACUGGUCUAACAUGCCAUUUUAAAACAAAACCUCAGAGGAAAAAUAUUGGUCAUCAUAUUGUAGUCUUGAUGUUGAGAUCUAGAAUGGGCUGAUUUCACGUUUUGUCUUUCUUGCCAGAGAGUUUUUAAAAGUUUAUGGCUGACUCCAAGUUUAAUGCAGUAGUGGUCUGAGUCCAGACAUUGGUCAACUUAGUACUUCACAAAAAAUAUUUACUAAACUGCAGAUUUACUGACACCCAUGAUGAAAUACAUAAGCAUCAGGGCUAAACUUGAGCACACUCUAGUUCUCAUUUGCUUAUUUUUCCGAUUAAUUUACGCUCUGAGCUAAGCUAGGCCAAGCUACCAGGUGGUUUGCUUAAACCUUCUGCUGACAAUGCCAAACUUUGGGCCACGCCGAGCACAGGUGGGGGUGCCGUCAUCCAUCUGUGUACAUUCAUGGACCGCAAAGUCGAGUGGACACAUUUAGAAAGCUAUUUUUUGAAAAGGAUGUUGAUUUGAGAGUAGAGAGGGAAGUGAAAAGAGAGGAGAAGAUUAUUUAAGGAUUUGUUUUCUGUAGAAGGACUUGUAGUAGGUGGAAAUGGAUUAGUAAAAGUGAGAAAGUAGACGGAAUGUUCUACCAAAGAUGUGAGCAAGCGUUGACAUAAUUUACGGGAGCGAGGGAGUGACGAGAGCCCUCCGGGAAUCCCCCGCCGCUGCAGGCAUAUGAAAUCAUUGGAGUUACCUCACAUUUUGUUGUGUCCCCACCUUCACCUGGCAGCUGUUGAUACAGCUUUAAAACUGUAAAUAGUACAUUUUUGAUUGACACAAAGUCUAAAACAUUUGGUAAGGAUGUGGCUGGGAAAACAAGUGGUGAAGGCGAGGAUAUCAAUCAUGCUUUGAAUGAAUGUUACUGAUUUAAACGAAGGCUCCCGGGGUACUGCCCCACAUACCCUAAAAAAAAAAAAAAACAUCAAAGACACAUUGCGUAUUGUAUUGCAUUCAAUUGCCUUUUUUGUAUUUUUAAUAUUAUUGUUAACUGGAUUUACAGUGAUCAGAUUAUACUAUGUUAGUAUUUUUCUUUUAUUAUGCUUCUGUUUUUGAUUUUGCAAAAUAUAAGAACUUUUACAUUAAAUUAGGUAAAUUUGGUCAGUUUUCCACUCUUUGUUGGGUCACUAUCAUCUUGAAUAAACCAAAAAAAGGAAAAGGAAAAAGUAUUUACCAAAGCGCACGUGUCCAAAAUGCUGUAAGAAAAUAAUGACAAUGACAACGUGUGAUGAUGAAACUGGAAUAUCAUCUGUCAGUGAGCUGGAAGUGGAGUCAUAGGAAAACUUGACUGGAUAUUGUUAUGACAAUAAUAAGAAUAAAGUAGUAUUAUGUUAUUUAAGUAUUCUUUUUUUUCCAUGUGGCUGAUUACUCUUGUUGCCAUGAUUUUUAUUUUAUUUUAUUUUUUCUUGAUCCUGGACUGCCAAUGUUAAUUAAGGUGUGUGUGCCUUUGGUAUCUUUUAUGUACUUUUUUUUUUGAUAAUGCAAAUGAUUAUCAAUGUGGUUUUAUACUUCUAUUUAUUGGUGAUCAAGCCAUUUACGAUCAUGCCUUUCGGUCUGUUUUUGGAAACAAUGCUUGUUUCAAGUCCGUAUCAUCUCAUUGUGAAGGCAACGAAUUGAAUUGAACAACUCCUGUAAAUUUCUUAAUUUUUCAGUCAUGUUGAAGCACAAAAUCUGCAGUGCUGUAACAACAAAUUACAAAUCAUUAAACACAU